CUCAGACAACCACACGCCAACAAUCCUUAAUUGAACCAUUAUUCUAAUCCAACUGAAAGACAUCAUGCAAUCCCUCUAUUCUUGGAUUGCCAUGGCAAUCAUGGUUAGCUUCUCUGCCAACGUCAAUGCCAUCCCCGUCUCUUAUGCGAACGACCACAACACUAAUACUACUCUCAACACAUAUGGUCCUCACCCAUUUGCUCGAUCAACUCCAGCUCCACUCUGUAACCCCAACACCAGGGGCUGGGGAGGCGUGGAGCCUGAAUGGCUCAGUACAGGUAUCAACUAUCUGAACGGUGCUGGUAACAAUGGAGCAUGCGACCUUGCAGCCAAAACGGGUCUUGCAGUGAGCUGCGCCACUGGAGUCAAGAUCUGGAUGCAGAACAAUAACAAUUUCCUGGUCAAAGUUGACUGCGGGACUGUUACUAGCUACGUUACUGCAAUUGCCGGCUGUCCUCUGAUCAAGGGCAAGGUUCAGGGUCAGGUGUUUGAUAAGUAUUGGGAUGUGCAUAUUGAGGCAGAUCAGUGUGGGAGUUCGUACAAGACAUCUUGGUAAGAGAGAAGGUGAAGCGAGUUGGAAGUUGUUGGGAGUGAUGUAGAAAAUAUU